AUGGCAAUGAUCAAUACUGCAGCAUACCUGAUCCCGCAGGGCAGCUACAACAACCCGAUCGCAAACCCAACAGGAGCAAGCGCACAGAAGCUAGUGAACACCACGCUCCACCUGACCGAUCCCACACAAAUCAUUAACGCGUCUCUGACGACAUACUACCCGCCAUCCUCCUAUCCCUGCAUCGAAUGGAACUCGACGGAGUCCGACGACCCUACCCUGCAAAAGAACACAUUCAACUACCUCCUGUGCAAAUACUUCCCGCUGAGCGCCAACGAGAUCCCCGCCGGGACCAUCUUCGUGCCCACGUCCAUCCAGACCGAGACCGACCCGCACACCUGCGAAACGCUGUACGACAUCGUGGCCCCGACCCAAGAGUACGUGGAAACCAAGUACCACAUCACGCGCGACGAGUUGGUCCAGGCGAAGCGCAUCCUGUUUGCUUACAACGAAAUGGAUCCUACCACUGCUGUGGGCGUUGAUCCUUUGCCCAUCACCCAGGAUCGGAACGCGUCCAGGUACAUGUUCACCUCGUUGUCGGCACACGGGGAGGAGGUGAUUGCGAGUUAUCCGGGCGAUAAGCCCUCCGUCGUCCAUGCGAGAGAAGUGCAGCUGCAGACGAUCAAGGAGUGGCUCGGUCUUUACUAA